AUGCUUGCAACACCAGGACCAGACAGCUUCCGUCCGUUUACCCGUGAGUCACUGCAGGCCAUCGAGGCCCGAAUCGCAGAGGAAAAUGCCAGGAAGACUAAGGAAGAGUGGGAGAGAAAUACUGAUGAUGAACCUAAACCAAAACCUAACAGUGACCUGGUGGCAGGGAAGAAACUGCCGUUCAUAUAUGGGGACAUUCCCACCGGAAUGGUGUCUACGCAACUGGAGGACUUGGACCCAUUUUAUUGCAAUCAGAAAACCUUUAUAGUAUUGAACAAAGGGAAGACAAUCUUCCGCUUCAGUGCCACUCCUGCCUUGUUCAUCUUAAGUCCGUUUAACCCUCUUAGAAGAAUAUCGGUAAAGAUUCUGGUACAUUCCUUGUUCAGCAUGGUAAUUAUGUGCACGAUCCUCACCAACUGUGCAUUUAUGACCAUGCACGAAUCACCAGAUUGGGCCAGGAAUGUAGAGUACACGUUUACAGGGAUAUAUACAUUUGAAUCACUAAUAAAGAUCCUGGCCAGGGGAUUUUGCAUAGGGAAGUUCACUUUCCUCAGAGACCCGUGGAACUGGCUGGACUCCGUCGUUAUUGUAAUGGCAUAUGUGACCGAGUUUAUACCGCAGCUGGGCAAUCUGUCCGUCCUGAGGGCUUUCAGAGUUCUCCGUGCCCUGAAAACCAUAUCGGUCAUCCCAGGCCUGAAGACCAUUGUAGGGGCUCUGAUCCAGUCAGUGAAAAAGCUUUCAGAUGUGAUGAUACUGACCGUCUUCUGUCUGAGCGUAUUUGCCCUGAUUGGCCUGCAACUAUUCAAGGGGAACCUGAAGCAGAAGUGCAUACAGUUGCCACCCAAUGGGACCAAGAAUGCAAAUGGAGACCUAGUUAUUAACGGAACUAUCAUUGAGGAUAUCGCGCAAUUUAUCAAUGACAUGAAAGGCUUUAAUUUCCUUUUUUCUGUAGGUUCUGUACAUUUUUUUUACAUCCAAGGGAAGAAAGACCCUCUGAUCUGUGGGAAGAACAGGGACGCAGGGACGUGCCCGGAGGGGUAUUUCUGCCACAAGUACAGCAAAAAUCCCAACUAUGGCUACACCAGCUUUGACAGCUUUGGAUGGGCCUUCCUCUCUCUCUUCCGCCUUAUGACUCAAGACAGCUGGGAGAAUCUCUACCAGCAGACCCUGCGUGCCGCGGGGAAGACCUACAUGAUCUUCUUCGUGCUGGUGAUCUUCCUGGGCUCCUUCUACCUGGUGAACCUGAUCCUGGCAGUGGUAGCCAUGGCCUACGACAAGCAGAAUCAGGCCACUCUGGAGGAGGCGCAGCAAAAAGAGGAGGAGUUCCAGGCCAUGCUGGAGCAGCUCAAGAAACAGCAGGCAGAGGUGCAGGCGGUGGUGGCCGCAUACGAGAGCAGGGAUUCCAGCAGGGACAUGACGGACACGUGUUCUGAGGCCUCCAGACUCAGCUCCAAAAGCGCCAAAGAGCGGUGCAACCGGAGGAAGAAGAGGAGGCAGAGGGCGGAGGAAGGGGAGAAGGGCGACAGCGAGAAGCUCUGCAUCUCCGAGUCGGAGGGCAACGUCAGGCGGCCCAGCAUCCAGUUUUCGUUGGACGGAAACCGACUGUCGUACGACAGGACGUAUCCAUCUCCUCAACAGUCCCUCCUGAGUAUCCAGGGCUCAGUCUUCUCCCCAUGCCGGAACAGCAGGGCUAGCGUUUUUACCUUCCGUAGCCGCCUGGGAUCGGAGAACAGCUUCGCCGAUGAUGAGCACAGUCCAUUCGAGGAGACGUGCAGCCGGCGAGGCUCGCUCUUUCUGCCUCGCCGCUCCGAGCGUCUUUAUAGCAAUGUCAGUAAAAGCAGCAUGACCCAGCGCAUUCUCCUGCCAGCGAACGCCAAAGUGCGCUGCUCGGUUGACUGCAAUGGCGUAGUGUCACUCGUGGGUCCGAGCUCUCUGCCCAGCUCUCCCGCCGGCCUGGUGUUGCCCGAGGUGACCAUAGAUCAAGCCGCGACAGACGACAACGUAAGAACUUCACUUGAGGAUCUUUACCGGUUGCGGUAUGACUUCCCUCAGGACUCUCCGGGCUUUCUGAUUGACCACGUAUCCCGAGAGAGAGCCCUGAGUGUGGCCAGUGUCAUCACCAACACAAUGGAAGAGCUUGAGGAAUCCAGGCAGAAGUGCCAUCCGUGCUGGUAUAGGUUUGCACGCACGUUUCUGAUCUGGGAAUGCAGCCCAGCAUGGAUGAAGAUAAAGAAAGCCGUCCACACAUUCGUGACGGAUCCCAUUGUGGAUCUGUCUAUUACCAUCUGCAUUGUAAUAAACACAUUAUUCAUGGCUAUGGAGUAUCAUCCCAUGGACAAGGAUUUCAGUUCCAUGCUUUCAGUGGGCAACUAUGUUUUCACAGGUAUCUUCACAGCUGAGAUGAUCUUCAAGAUCAUAGCCUUGGAUCCUUAUAAUUACUUCCAAGUAGGCUGGAAUAUAUUUGAUAGCUUCAUUGUCAGUCUGAGCCUCAUGGAGCUUGGGUUGGCCAACGUAUCUGGAAUGUCCGUUCUUAGAUCGUUCCGGCUGCUGAGAGUCUUUAAACUGGCAAAGUCGUGGCCCACUCUAAACAUGCUGAUCAAGAUUAUUGGCAACUCACUGGGUGCCCUCAGCAACCUGACGCUCGUCCUGGCCAUCAUUGUCUUCAUCUUCGCUGUGGUGGGCAUGCAGCUGUUUGGGAAGAGCUACAAGGAAUGUAUGCAUCCCAUUCUGGGCAACCCUCAGCCGCGCUGGCACAUGAUCGACUUCUUCCACUCCUUCCUGAUCGUGUUCCGUGUACUAUGUGGCGAGUGGAUCGAGACCAUGUGGGAUUGCAUGGAGAUCAUUCAGAAUCAGGCCAUGUGCCUCGUGGUGUUCCUCAUGAUUAUGGUGAUUGGAAAUCUAGUGGUUCUGAACCUCUUCCUGGCCUUGCUGCUCAGCUCUUUCAGCGCGGACAAUCUGACAGCCAGCGACGACAACAGCGAUAGGAACAACCUGCAGGUGGCCGUGGGCCGCAUCCAGAGGGGCUUCUCUUUGGCAAUGGCCUGCGUGUGCGGCUUCUUCCGGAGUGCUUGCCUCCGAAGCAGCAGGACGAAGGCGACGGAGGAGGACGGCCUGAGAAACGGCCAGAAGCUACCUGAUGGCCUCAACCACAUCGCAGUGGAGCUGGUCCAACACCCAGGCGGGGGGGACGAGGCAGCCGGAGCAGUCAGUGACCCAGAGGAUUUCACCGCCGACGGCAGCUUGACGGUCACCGUGCCCAUCGCUGCUGCUGAGUCAGAUGCUGAGGGCCACACAGAGGACUUCAGCAGUUACUCUUCAGACACAGAGGAAGAUAAAGAGAAACUGUCGCUGGGCUUGAGCUCCUCUGAGGGCAGCACUGUGGAUGUCAGGCCCCUGAGGGAGGGGCCCGGGUCACUGGAUCUUGAGUUGGAGGAGUCCAUGGACCCGGAGGCCUGCUUCACGCAUGGCUGUACACAUAGGUUCUCAUGCUGCCAGGUGAACGUAGAACAGGGCAGGUGGAAGACGUGGUGGACAGUCAGGCGGACCUGCUUUACGAUCGUGGAGCACAACUGGUUUGAGUCCUUCAUCAUUUUUAUGAUACUGCUCAGCAGUGGAGCCCUGGCGUUUGAGGACAUACACAUUGAACAAAGGAAGAUAGUAAAGACUGUUUUGGAAUAUGGAGAUAAAGUGUUUACCUAUGUCUUCAUAUUGGAGAUGCUUUUGAAGUGGCUGGCCUACGGAUUUGCAAAAUACUUCACCAAUGCCUGGUGCUGGCUUGACUUCAUUAUUGUUGAUGUCUCUCUGAUCAGCCUGGGGGCCUAUGCCCUAGGUUUUCAGGAGCUCGGUGCCAUCAAAUCUCUGCGUACGCUACGGGCCCUGCGUCCUCUCCGCGCCCUUUCGCGCUUCGAGGGAAUGAGGGUGGUGGUCAACGCUCUGCUUGGCGCCAUCCCCUCCAUCAUGAACGUACUGCUGGUCUGUCUGAUCUUCUGGCUCAUCUUCAGUAUCAUGGGCGUCAAUCUGUUAGCCGGAAAGUUUUACGAGUGUUUAAACGUGACCACGGGACUGCGCAUUAAUCACACCAAGGUGGAGAACAUGACUCAGUGUUUGCAGCUGGCCAACAAUACUGCCCACUGGAAAAAUCUGAAGAUUAACUUUGACAAUGUCGGGGCAGGAUAUCUGGCCUUACUGCAAGUGGCAACUUUCAAAGGCUGGAUGGACAUUAUGUAUGGAGCCGUGGAUUCUCGUAAUGUAGAUGAACAGCCAAUUUAUGAGAACAAUGUGUACAUGUACCUGUACUUUGUGUGCUUCAUCAUUUUUGGAUCCUUCUUCACACUGAAUCUCUUCAUUGGUGUCAUUAUCGAUAACUUCAAUCAGCAGAAGAGAAAGUUUGGGGGUCAGGACAUUUUUUUGACAGAAGAACAGAAAAAAUAUUACAACGCAAUGAAGAAACUUGGAUCAAAGAAACCGCAAAAACCAAUUCCCCGGCCAGCAAACAAGUUCCAGGGACGUAUCUUCGACCUUGUUACAAAUCAAGUUUUUGACAUCAUCAUUAUGAUUCUAAUAUGUCUUAAUAUGAUAGCCAUGAUGGUGGAGACGGACUCUCAGACUGAACAAGUGACCAAAACUCUGGAAUGGAUCAAUCUGGUCUUUAUUGUGCUUUUCACGACGGAAUGUGUCCUAAAGAUGAUUUCACUCCGACAGUACUUUUUCACGGUUGGUUGGAACAUCUUUGACUUUGUGGUGGUCAUUCUUUCAAUAGUCGGCUACUGUGUCUUCAGGGUCAUUAAUUCAUAUUUUCUCUCGCCAACCUUGCUACGUGUCAUACGGCUUGCUCGCAUUGGCCGAAUCCUACGCCUCAUCAAAGGCGCUAAGGGAAUACGCACUCUUCUUUUCGCUUUGAUCAUGUCCCUCCCAGCCCUGUUCAACAUCGGCCUUCUUCUCUUCUUAGUUAUGUUCAUUUAUGCCAUCUUUGGAAUGUCGAACUUUGCCUACGUCAAGAAAGACGCUGGCAUUGACGACAUGUUUAACUUUGAAACCUUCGGCAACAGCAUGAUCUGUUUAUUUCAGAUCACCACCUCUGCAGGGUGGGAUACACUCCUGUCGCCCAUGCUCAACAAGCCUCCGGACUGUGACCCAGAGAAGAAGCACUCAGGCAGCCAAGUUAAGGGCGACUGUGGCAACCCAUCUGUGGGUAUUGUCUUCUUUGUGAGUUACAUAAUAAUAUCAUUCUUGAUUGUGGUGAACAUGUACAUAGCUGUGAUCCUUGAGAACUUCAGCGUGGCCACUGAGGAGAGUGCUGAGCCUUUAGGCGAAGAUGACUUUGAGAUGUUCUAUGAGGUAUGGGAAAAAUUUGACCCUAACGCCACACAGUUUAUGGAGUACAGCAAACUGUCUGAUUUUGCGGAUUCUCUGGACCCUCCUCUACGUAUGCCCAAGCCCAACAAGUUACAGCUGAUCAACAUGGACCUGCCGAUGGUUAGCGGGGAGCGAAUUCACUGCCUGGACAUCCUGUUUGCUUUCACCAAACGCGUCCUGGGCGAGAGCGGGGAGAUGGACAUCCUCCGUGCUCAGAUGGAGGAUCGUUUCAUGACCUCCAACCCCUCCAAGGUAUCCUACGAGCCCAUAACCUCCACCCUGCGCCGCAAACACGAGGAUAUGUCAGCUUCCGUCAUCCAGAGAGCCUACAGGAUGCAUGUCUUCAGGCAGAGCACAAAAGAGCAAAAGCAGCAGGUCAACAGCAAGGCUUCUAAAAAGGGCGUGGUGGACACCAACAAGUGUGACAGCCACUCCGCCUCUAACAGAACACCCUCCACAGAUUCCUCGCCAGUGUAUCACGCUGUAACGCAACCUGGCAAGAACAAGUAUGAGAAGGACAAUCAGGAGAGGGAGGUCCAGGGCAAGAUGCGAAAUCACUGACAGUGAAAUGGUCAAAAAAUGUCCCCAAAGAACUAUUGCAAAGGGGGUGAAGUGUUUACAGCUUUUGAAGGAGAGCUAUAAGGAGCGACUGUCCUUCUUUCCAAAGCUUGGUUAGCUACGCCAAACUGAGAAAGUAUACCUGAGUUUCACAUAAAGGUUAGUGCCUGAAAUGUAGCAUU